AAUGCAGCUUAAGGGAAAGAUGGAACAUGUCUGAGCUUCUGCUGAUCAUGUCCAAGUUAGCAUUGGAAAAUUAGGAAGUCUUUUGGUAGAUUCAGCAGGCAAAGCAAGCUGUUCCUUUCUCUUCUGCUCUGGCAGUUUGGAGUUCUUCAGCCAGAGCUGUUACUCCUUUGCUGUAAAUGCCACACAGGGGAGGAAAUGCAGGGAUGGCCCACAAGGGUGACAGCACCCUGGUUUGGAGAGGCUGAGAAUUGUCAGAGCGCCGAUCCCUGCCUGGAAUUCAGUAGCUGGAGAGCACUCCAGCCUACCGCUUUUAAUUUUAUAGUUGUCAUUCUGCUUUGUUCUGGGAAAAUACUCAUUUAUGUAAUCCACUUCACUCCCUUUUGCCCACAUGCUUGUAUACCUAGUUCCAGAUCUGCCAGUUCUGUUUGUCACGUAGCUGUGUAGAUUUCCGGGAUUUGACAGCUCUGUGAAGGUAAAUCCCUAGUCUGGAGAUAAAUUUUGUAUUCCCUCCUAUGCCCUGGGAAGUAAGAGCAACUUAAAACUGCUGUGGAUUAUGGAAAGCUGAGUCUUUCACUGUAUGCAGUAAAACCUAAGUAUUUACUGUGCCUUUCCAUGCAGCCAUUUUAAACCUUCUCAGGAGCAACUUGCAGUGUCUUUCUCACCUGUGCUGUGCUCUCCUGUUAGGGUGGUGAAGACAUUUUCUUUCUGCCAUGACAGAAUUGUAUGUCUCCUCAAUGAAGCCCACAUGGGGGAUGUAAAUUCUUUCAGGAGCUCAAACUUGUUGGUUCUUGGAAUUUUUCUCUCUUUUGCAGUUUCUGCCUCUGAUAGUACUGUGGUUUUGGUUUGAUGAUGGGUGUGUGUCCCCACCCCCUCAGUCUUUGAUAUGCUAGUGUUUACCCAGUUUGGGUAAAGAGUGUUUCUUUCACAUUUUUUCUCCUUGAGGAUAUGGUUACCUUUACUAUCACAAGAAGGAAGGUAUGGAGGACUUCAGAGAAGUCCUUUUGGCUUGCUUUUGUUGUGGUUUUUUUGGUUGUUUGUUUUUGUUUUUUUUUUUUGGUUUUGCUAUAAAGGUCAUUUGGCCAAAAUCUUCAUUAUCUGUACAACAGUUUUAGAGUGGCAGCCAAUGUAAAGAAUAAACAAUGGAGCUGGGCUGCAGGUGGAGUAUCUGCUGCUUUAUCUUCAGUAGCUGCUCUGUAUUGACUUUUUAAUAAAUGGGUUGAAUAUUGACAGAAUUACAAUAUUGGUUUAAUAAAGAUGGUUGAAAGUAUUGCUGCACAAGCAAAAACUUUCUGGGUUGCCAUUUUGAUGGGCAAAGCCAGAACCAGCUCUUCUGGUCUCCACAGUAGAAGCUAAGGCACAGACUUUUUAAACUGUGUGUGCUGGUUGUUCACAUUUUAAAUGGCAUUGACCUUGGCAUUUGAUGGUUUAACCUCGGAUUAAUUUCUGACUGUGACAAGAGAGGAACAGAGUGAUGGAACAAAGUACAAGAAGUACUAAGUGAGGGAGAAAGGAUAGAGGUGAUGGGGGGGAAUGAUAGGAAGAAGACUAGAAAAUAUGUGAGAGUUCAUAGGACAUGAUUGAGUGUACAGGAAUAUGCACAGGAGAAGGUGGAGCUUGGCCAGUUUCAGGAAGCUUGAGUUACUUGAACCUGUGGUUCCCCAUGCAGGGUUUUAGGAAGGGAACUUCAGAAGAUUUGUGUGGGAGAUGGGUGUGAACUAGAAAGAAGGAAGAAAUAGAUAAGGGACGUUAAUGACAUGGUGGUUCUUGCAAACCUAGAAGAAGAUUCGAAGAGAUAGUAUGCAGGAAAUGAUUAGUAAGUUCUUGUAUUACUCUGCUUUUCUUUUUCAAUUAGUUGGUUACAUUAUGCUUUACUGGCUCCUUGAGUGGCUGGGUGUUGCUGAACCAAAGCAUGAGACCAUCAGUCCUUAUAGUGGCCUGUAAAGCUUUUGAAUAUUUGGGUUUUCCUUUAAAGCUCUUCUGAAAUCAUAACAGUUUCAGGAUUUAGUGUAUGUUUUAUUAUUAUUUUCAAAGUUACUGUUCUUACUAGUGCAAAUUUAGAAAAUGAUCAGAAAUAGGUAUCUUCAUGGGUUAAGCAUGAAGGCAAAAAAGAUGCAUAAAAUCAGACCACAUCCCAAUUAUCAUCUUUUAAAAAAUAAUAUAUUCAAAAUGUUGGUCUCAUGGGGUUUUUAUUUUAAUAUUGACAUAAUUAGAUUCCUCUUAAAAGAGAGUUUUCUGUUGGGAGUAAACGCAAAAAAUCACUGGAAUCUGCCCUUACUCCUUCCAUCCCUUGGCUACAGUACACCCUCCUUGUCAAAGAAAUAUUUUAAGUUCAGGUGCAAUUUUUCAUUUACCAUUGUGAAUUGCCAAUGAGUAAGCAAUUCAUAAUAGCCCAGAAGUAUGUAGACUGAGGAGUUUGUGGUAUUAAACAGCAUAGAAAGGAAGGAGGAAUAAGAAAAUAAAUUUUUAGAGUGACAAGACUAACAUGUAGAAAUAAAUAUUAAAGGAGUUUUGUUUCCUUAAUUAAAUGCCUAAGGUAUGAUUUGUUUUGAGGCUGCUUGUAAACUGGUUCCCAAACUGUUUAAUUACUAUUGUACGAUUCAUCUCACCUGUCUCAAAAAUAUUAAUCAUCAAAUGGUAAAAUAUUAGCUUGUAGUAGGAGGAUGAUGUCAGAAGCUGAAACUCGAGUUCAUUACAAAUGCUAUCUUUCAUCAUGCCCUUUUAAAGUGCAUGUUAAAUAACAUAAGUAUCAUUUUUUUAAGAUCCCUGUCAAUAUUAAGAAAUUGGUGAAUAUAGGUGUAAAUUAUUCUUGCCUAUGUGAGACAUACACAAUACUUCCUCAGUGCCUAAUAAUGCAGUGUUUGCUCUAUGGCAUUUCAUUUAGGAGUUCAUCCCUGUGUAAAUGCUGCUGUGAAUCAAUGAAAAGAAAUUUACAAUUCAGCAAAACUGUCUGCUUUGAUGUAUCACCAUGUAGCAAAUGAAUCUGUGGAAUCUGGAGGAGUAGGUAUUUGUAGUGGCUUUUUAGUACCUCCUUCAGAAUUUGGUUCUGUAGGAGGUCUGGUUCCCUGGCUGCAGGAGAAAGGAGGAAGUCUGGACCUAAAUGUGAUAGGCUCAUGUUUGUUAUGAGAGGUGAGUGUCUUGACUUCGUGGAUGGAAUUGUUAAUAACUGCUAGGAACAGCACAAAUGUGAGAAUCUGAAAAACCAGCAGCCUCAUUAAAGAGCUGAAAGCACAGAGCUGUCUUUGCCUGGCGUAGCCUGAGGUUCUGGAGAAGGACUGAGACAGGCUUUUUUUCUGUGGUGGUGUUUGCAUACACAUUAUUACAAGCAGACUCAACUAAUAUGAAGUGCUCUGAAGUAAUCAAUUUAACUAGAUCUCGACAAAAGAAGGAUUCAGUGGUUUUCAUGCUGUUUCGAAAUGAAGCUGUGCUGAUUCGGAGACCUGAAACCAGCAAUGGUCUAUCUGAAAAGAAUUGAUUUGAUUUUGAAGAGGACUUCUGCUCAUGCUGUUUGCUGCUUUUGCCAUGUGGAUGAAAAGGAGAAAACUGCAAGUGAAGUUACAGGUUGGGAAUCCACGUGUUGAGCUCACUCUUUCUGAACUGCAAGAUAUGGCUGCCCGACAACAGCAACAGAUUGAAAAUCAACAGCAAAUGUUGGUUGCUAAGGAGCAACGUUUGCGUUACCUGAAGCAGCAAGAACGUCGCCAGCAGCAGUCUGUUUCUGAGAGUGAAAAGCUCCAAAAACUGAAAGAACGUGUUGAAACCCAAGAGACAAAGCUGAAAAAAAUCCGUGCCAUGAGAGGACAAGUGGACUACAGCAAGAUGAUGAAUGGCAAUUUGUCAACUGAAAUUGAGCAUAUAAGUGCCAUGUUCCAGGAAAAGCAGCAGGAACUGCAGGCUGCAGUGUUAAAAGUGGAUCAACUCACUCAGCAACUGGAGGAUUUAAGGAAAGGGAAACUGAAUGGGUUCCAGUCUUACAAUGGACAAAUGACAGGGCCUGCAGCAGUGGAAUUAAAAAAGUUGUAUCAAGAGCUACAGAUCCGUAACAGGCUUAACCAGGAGCAGAACUCCAAGCUCCAGCAGCAGAAAGAACUCCUGAACAAACGCAAUAUGGAGGUGGCCAUGAUGGACAAGAGAAUCAACGAGCUGCGCGAACGACUGUACAAGAAAAAAGUUGAGGCACGUCAAAAAGAAAACAUUCCUUUGAAUCGAAUUAACGGAACUUCAUCGCCCCAGUCAUCCCUCAGUGCUUCAGGAAGGGUGGCAGCAGUAGGACCUUACAUCCAAGUUCCAAGUGCUGGCACUUAUGCUGUACCAGUAGAUCCAGUUAAGCCACAGUCUCUCACCAUUGCUCCCAACUCAACACAUGGAAGAUCAAAAUCUGAGACAGACUGUGGGUGUGUGAAAAAAUCUCCAGACACCUGGAAGGUUUCUGAUUUAGACAUAAUAGUGGAUCCUAUUCUGUCACCUCCCACUUCUCUUCAGUCUGCUGUUCACAAUGUCAUCCGCCUGGCACCUACUCUGUUUGACACCCAGCACUCUAAUGAUGGAAAUUGGCCGAUACUUAAACAGAGCUCAGCCCCUGUGGUAAAACCCCCUCAGAUCUCCAACACAGACUGGAAAGAAUCAAGCAUGGAUACUGCUUUAAAACAAGGAACUAUAUCCAGCCAGCCUUUGCCAACUUCAGUAUUAGGAAGUACUGAUAAGCUGGGUCUUGACCUGGGGAAGGUGCCACCAACAGUUCCUGGUGUAAGCAAGCAGCUGCCUCAGAACUAUGGGACCUAUCCAAGCCCAGUUCCCUUAGGAACAGGUUCUACAAACUCUCUAGAAAGAAGGAAGGAUGGCAGCCUGCCCAGACCUGGCACCAGUAUAGCAAAUCGGCAGAGGCCGGUUCCGCUCCCGCCGCCCAGCAACGUGCACCAGCCCAGCUCCUCUCAGCAGAUCCAGCAGAGAAUUUCUGUCCCUCCCAGCCCCACGUAUCAACCCUCUGGUCCCCCCUUGUUCCCAGGAGGAGAGGGCAGGCCAGAACUGCCUUUGACUGUGGCAAUCAGACCUUUCCUUGCUGAUAAAGGAUCCAGACCUCAGUCUCCCAGAAAAGGGCCACAGACAGUGAACUCCAGUUCCAUCUACUCAGUGUAUCUUCAGCAAGCAACACCACCAAAGAAUUACCAACAAGCUGUGUACAAUACUUUAAAUAAGUCCGUAAAAGCAGUUUAUGGAAAGCCUGUAUUACAGUCUGGUUCAACCUCUCCCUCACCCUUGCCAUUCCUUCAUGGCUCUUUGCCUGCCCAGUCUCCCUCACAGCCACAACCUCAGCCUCAGACUGAGGUCACUGAAAAAGAUCAAGAGCUGGAAAAUGCUCCACCACCCAGUGAAAACAGCAAUGUGGAAAACAUUCCCCGUCCUCUCAGUCCUACUAAGCUCACCCCUAUUGUGCACUCGCCCCUACGGUAUCAGAGCGAUGCUGACCUGGAGGCUCUGAGGAGAAAAUUGGCCAAUGCUCCGAGGCCGUUAAAGAAACGCAGCUCCAUCACCGAGCCAGAGGGCCCGAGUGGACCAAAUAUACAAAAGUUAUUGUACCAGCGCUUCAAUACCCUGGCUGGAGGGAUAGAAAGUGCUCCUUUUUAUCAGCCAAGCAAUCCACAGGACUUCAUAGGCAACUUAGCUGAUGUUGAUAACGGGAACGCCAGCACCAAUGGCAAUAUUGAAGAACCAAUCCCCGUGCAACCUACGGUUCCUGUCCCUGAUGAACCACCCCCUUCGUCAGAUGCCAAUGACAAUGAGUUACCUUCUCCUGCUACCGAGGAGUUGAUAAGCACUGAAACCACAAAUCAAACACCUGAGACAACUGAAGACAACAACAACAACCUUUCUAUAGUUCCUUCUACUGAGCAGUCACCCAGUCCCACGCCAGAGGCCAGUUCUCCUGUAGAAGAUGAAGCUCCUUUGCCACCUGCUCUUCCUCCUCCACUUCCUCCAACAAAACGUACCAACUUGAAGAAACCCAACUCAGAAAGAACAGGCCAUGGUUUGAGAGUGAAGUUCAAUCCCUUGGCUCUCCUCCUAGAUGCUUCCUUGGAGGGUGAAUUUGAUCUGGUACAACGAAUCAUAUAUGAGGUUGAUGAUCCCAGUAAACCAAAUGAUGAAGGCAUUACACCUUUGCAUAAUGCAGUGUGUGCUGGUCAUCACCACAUUGUGAAGUUCCUACUCGAUUUCGGUGUAAAUGUAAAUGCAGCAGAUAGUGAUGGCUGGACACCCUUGCAUUGUGCAGCUUCUUGCAAUAGUGUUCAUCUCUGUAAACUACUGGUUGAAUCUGGGGCAGCUAUUUUUGCUUCAACUAUAAGUGAUAUAGAAACUGCUGCAGACAAAUGUGAGGAGAUGGAAGAAGGUUAUAUUCAGUGUUCCCAGUUUUUGUAUGGAGUGCAGGAGAAGCUGGGAGUGAUGAAUAAAGGGGUGGUGUAUGCUCUGUGGGAUUAUGAAGCCCAGAACAAUGACGAGCUGUCAUUCCACGAGGGCGAUGCCAUCACUAUCCUGAGGCGCAAGGAUGACAAUGAAACAGAGUGGUGGUGGGCCCGCCUCAAUGACAAGGAAGGCUACGUGCCUAAAAACCUCCUCGGGUUAUAUCCACGAAUAAAACCUCGACAGCGAACCCUUGCUUGAAUUCAGUUGUACGACAGUGCAGUACCAUGCUGGUAACUGGAAACUUAGAACAUACACUGGAGCCAUCAUUUUUGGUCAUUUCACACAGAGAAAUAAAACUAUGGUAUUUAGUUUUAAUGGUGCUUUCUCUUGUUAAAUGGACAGCAUCCACGAUUUCCAAGAUCUGCGGUUUGUAAAUGAGGAUUGUUUGUGUGACCAGCACUGACGAGGAGAGCGAUGCCUCCGCUACCGCCAGUGUUGCGCCAGCUCUCGUCUAUCGCGGUGUUUUGAGUCAGAGUUCCGUGGUAGGAGCUUUCUUGUGUUCCGUGUUCAGAGGUGUCAUUUGCAGAGUGCAGAUGCACUGUCCGGUUUGCUCCAACCCCCCACAGCAACUGUCCCAUGUCGGGAUUUUGGGUAUUUCUGUUCCAUACCAGUGAAUGUUGAGUUCUCAUUACUGAUCAGCUCUUUGGGUUCUAGGACACAAGAUCUUCAUCUGUUACAUGCAUAAUUAAGUAGUUACCAAAGCUUGGUGAAGGCUAGGAUUGUAGGUGGCAACACGGUAAACACUUAAAUCCUAGUCUGGACAACCCCAACGAAAGCUUUACCUAGUCUAGCAUCUUGCAGUAUUUGCAUUUAGAAUCAAGCUAGAGAACUAACAAAAAAACAACAGUAUUUGUACACUUCUCAAAGUCCCUACACAAUAUUUCACUUGGUGUUUUAUUUCCUUAUUAUUCAGCCUACAGCACCGGUGUUACCUCUACGAAUGUAAAGGUUCCCCUACUAACCCCCCGAGCUCGUCCAGCCUGGACACAACAGUUAGUACUGAAGUUGCAGCAGCUUAAGGGAUUUGUAUGUCUGCAGGGAUGAAAGUGCAAUAGUUGAAAAGGGUAAGAGUCUGGUAAGAGUUAUACUGUGUCACCUGAAGUCUGCCUGAGUCAGUCUAGAAGAAAAUAUGAAGGACUGGAUAGAAGUAGAGAAAGAGGGUCGUGUAGAUGCCAAGUCAAGGAGAAGAAAGAAACAAGGUUUAGAGAAGGAUUUAAGAAAGGCAAUAGCUUAUUUGAGGACAGUUUCUGUGGUUCUUGGCAGCCUACAACUGCUGCCAAGGCAAGUUAUGCAAUAACCUGUUCCACUACAUUGCAGUUUCAAGCAAAAAAGAAAAACCCCACAAACAGGCACUUCACUGGAAUUUUAAUUGUACAUGAUUUUAUAUACCAAAAGUAUAUUUUGAAUUUCUCAUUAUAAGUUUUAGCCAUAUUUCUUGUAAUUUUCUCCCAUUUAACAGUAUGCAAUUUGAUUAACUCUUCAUGUACAAGUUCUGUGUAUAAUUUAUAUAUCCAUUUCUGCAGUGCUGUAACUUGCUUUUACCACAGGUCAGCAUUAACUGUAUAUAUUGUGGUGAAAAGUGAAAGGGUAUUAUUGUUGAAGAAUUUGCUACAUGAAUGUGAUGAUUUCAAGAGCCUAUGAUACACUAAUUCAGAGAACAUGUAAAUGUGCACAAUAAAGUACUGCUAAGGCAUGGC